CCGAACAUCAGCGUGAAAGCCCGAUAUCCGCCCCCGCAAGCAGUUUUUUUCAAUGUCAACCUCCAUCCGAAACAGCAGUACAACCUGGAAAUGGCAAUGAACGUGAUCCAAUCCUUCAUCCAGGUGACGGAAAAGACGACAAAACAAAUCGAAGUGCUCGACCGAACCACGGCAAUUCUGAAAAUUUUCGAGCGGCGCGCGACCCGCGACCCGGCGUGCCGCCACCAGGUGAAGGUGGCGAGCUUGAACAAUUUGAAAACCAAUAUGUGGCGCACGGCCUCCUGGAACGCGAAGCGGUGGAUGGAUGACUUAGCGAGGUCGUUGGGGGAGAAAAAGGUGCAGCAUUGCGUCGCGACAAAUCAGGAGCACCUGGGGUUGAGUUUCACGAAGCACGGUCGCAGCGCGCACGCGUGGAACGUGUGUCACUCGUUCACCGAUGACCACAGGACCUACAAUUACCCUGACCGCGAAGCCGAGUACCGGACCGGGGCGAUGAAGAGAGUCAGGGACGGAUUCGAGAAAGUUCUCUUCAGAAAAGCGGAGGAGCGAAGGCAGAUCACGAAGGGGAAGAAUGUGAUCGGAGUAGUUGGGUACACGAACGUGGGGAAAUCGGCUCUCAUAAACCGUUUGAUGGCAAGCAACGGCCGCCACUACGACUGCCGCGCGGUUGUUGAUGUGGGGGUUUCCCCUGAUCACAAGACAGCAAGAGUGAAGAUCCACGGCGAGCUACCUCCAGA